GUGCUGCUACAGCGAGCGUUGCUUCUGCAGCAGCUGCAAGGACUGGACCAGUUUGCAAUGUCACCAGCCACGUAUGACAGUACCGGUCUCACCAUGCCCACAGCAUCACUGGGUAACCUUCGCAGCUACAACCUGGCCACCCCGAACCUGACAGCCCCCAGCCUCACGCCCCCCCAGAUGGCCACCCCAAAUCUACAGCAGUAUUUUCCCCAGGCCACUCAGCAGUCCCUGCUGGGCCCCCCUCCUGUCAGGGUCCCCAUCAACCCCUCCAAGCUCAUCCUUGCCGGGCGGAACCCCCAGAAACAGGCCCGGACCACCCCUGAUCGCAAGGACUCUUCUUCUCAGACGAUGCCUGUGGGAGAUGAGGCGGACCCCCCAGAGGGGUCUGAGGAAGCUGCGGAGCCCCGAACGGACACGCCAGAUCAAGAUUCCCCUCCCUGCCCCGAUGACGUUACUAAGGAGACUUGCACUUCGGCACCCGAGCCAGAGUCCUGUGAAGCGUCUGGGCCACCAGCUAAAAGGUCAAAGAGCUCAGAGAAGCCCACAGAAAAGGGACCCCCAGGGCAGCUGCAGGCAAAGGUCCAGCCACAGGCCCGGAUGACAGCGCCGAAGCAGACGCAGACACCCGAGCUGCUGCCUGAGCCACUGGAAGCCCGAGUGCGGCCACGAUCCCAGCCACGGGUCCUGCAGAUCCAGGCCCAGGUGCAGCCGCCGCGGCAGAAGCAGGCACAGACACAGACCUCCCCAGAGCACUUACUGCCGCAGCGGGCACAGCCGGAGGCACAGCCGCCGACGCAGGUCCAAGCAGGAACACAGCCGAGGGCCCAGCCAGGGGAGUGGCCACCAGAGCAACCUCCGGUGCAGUUGCCAGUGCAGCCACCGGACCCGACCCAGGGGCAGCCUGCGAUGCAGCCACAAGUGCCGGCAUCAGAGCAAGCACCAGUUCCGGCUGAUUCCCCUCUGCAGGAGGCACCGCCCAGUGCAGUAGAAGCUGAAGCAGGCCUGGAGGAGGCCUCCCCGGAGCCGGCGGCGGCCCAGGUCAGCAUGGAGGAGAGCCAGGAGGAGCUGACCGGUGGCCUAGAUGUGGGAGAAUGUGAGAAAAGAGCAAGAGAGAUGCUCAGGGUGUGGGGUGCCGGGGGCUCCCUGAAGGUCACCAUCCUGCAGAGCAGUGACAGCCGGGCCUUUAGCACUGAUUCCCUCGCACCCGGGCCACCUUCCAGUGACUCCGCCUCCGCCACCCCUGCCACCGCCAGCGUGCCCUCCAAGCAGGCGCUGCAGUUCUUCUGCUACAUCUGCAGGGCCGGCUGCUGCAGCCAGCAGGAAUUCCAGGACCACAUGUUGGGGGCCCAGCACCAGCAGCGGCUCGGGGAGAUCGAGCACAUGAGCCAAGCCUGCCUCCUGUCCCUGCUGCCCGUGCCCCGGGAUGUCCUGGAGAGACAGGACGAAGAGCCGCCUCUGAGGCGCUGGUGCCACACCUGCCGGGCCUACUACACGGGGGACCUGAUCCAGCACCGCAGGACGCAGGACCACAAGAUGGCCAAACAGUCCCUGCGACCUUUCUGCACCGUUUGCAACCGCUACUUCAGGACCCCCCGCAAGUUUGUGGAGCACGUGAAGUCCCAGGGGCACAAGGACAAAGCCAAGGAGAUGAAGAUGUUCGAGAAGGAGAUAGCUGGCCAAGAUGAGGACCACUUCAUCACGGUGGACGCCGUGGGCUGCUUUGAGGACGAUGAAGACGAGGAGGAGGAGGAGAAUGAGGAAGAGAUGGAGGUUGAGGAGGAACUCUGCAAGCAGGUGAGGUCCAGAGGGAUAGCCAUAGAGGAGUGGAAAGACCCAGAGACCCACAGCCCCAACACUGCACAUGGUGUGGACUUCAUGGUGCCGGUGAUGGGCUACGUCUGCCGCAUCUGCCAGAAGUUCUACCACGGCAACUCGGGGGCAAAGCUCUCCCACUGCAAGUCCUCGGGCCACCUGGAGAACCUGCAGAAAUACAAGAAGGCCCAGGACCCCAGCCCUGCCGCCAGGCCCGUGAGCCGCCGGUGUGCCAUCACCGCCCGCAACGCCCUGACUGCUCUAUUCACCGCCAGCGGCCGCUCACACAUCCAGGACACAGCCAAACCCCCCAGCAAGGUGACCACCCAAGCUCCCCAGCCCCCGCCAUUCCGGCGCUCAGCCCGCCUCAAAUCCUGAUCGGAGCUCCCCCAGCCACCUGGGGUGGGUCCGGAUGUGUGCUUCCUGGGGGUCUGCAUGGAAGCUUGACAUGGUUGGUGUUUUUACCCAAAAAUCCAAUAAAAGGUAGCUUGGUUGUCUAGUC